AGUUUGUCACAUGAUGGUGUUGUCUGAUCACGUGACAUCAUCGGAAGUUGCCUGUGCUGCUCGCGAGCGGUCGCUUGUAAAUAUGCGGUAGCCGGAGAGGAACCCUUCAAUUAACCACCGAGGGCCAAAACAAGCCUGUUGAACAGUUUCGGGUUCUUUUGUACUGUUAAUUAAACUGGGAUUUUAAUGCCGACGGCUUCUACGCGGGAUUUUAAAUCGCUGACAUGGCCGAGGUGGACGCGAAUAAAGUCAAUCAUGUUUCCGCCGAAGAGGAUAGGCUACUGUUUCCGGUGACAGGCUGUGGUUUUAAUGACUGCAGGGAUGAGUAUAGUAACCCAAAGCCAUCCCCAGUUGCAGGUGGCUGGAUAGGUGCUGACCAAGAAGAGGAAGCAUUGCGCAGGAAGUUAAAAUAUUUCUUCAUGAGUCCCUGUGAAAAGUACCAAGCCAAAGGCCGAAAACCUUUUAAACUGGUUUUGCAAAUACUGAAGAUCAUUAUAGUAACUAUACAGCUGGUACUUUUUGGUUUGAGCAAUGAGAUGGCGGUGACGUUUAAGGAGGAAAACACAGCCUCAUUUAAACACCUUUUUCUCAAAGACUAUGAUGAUUCAAAUGACGCACUUGCUGUUUACACACAGAGUGAUGUUUAUGACCACAUGUUUUACGCAAUAGAACAGUACCUGGCUUUGCCAGAGAAUACAGUGGGCCGCUAUGCGUACGUGUAUAAUGUCGGUGUGAAUGGAAGUGCGCUUUCUCUGUGUCAGCAGUAUUAUAAAAAAGGAAGGAUUGACCCAGCUAAUGACACCUUUAACAUCGAUCCACAUGUGGUCACAGACUGUAUCGGAGUGAACCCUCUGUCCACUCCCACACCAAGUCUGGGAAUUGAUUACAGGAACUUCACCCUCAAGUUUCACAAGCUCAUUAAUGUCACCAUACAGUUCCAGUUGAAGGCUAUAAAUCUUCAGACCAUCAUCCACAAUGAAAUUCCUGACUGUUACACUUUCUUCAUUACGAUUCUGCUGGAUAACAAGGCCCACAGUGGUAAAGUUAAGAUCAGUCUUGAAAAUCAAGCCUCCAUUAAGGAGUGUAAAGACCCAAGUGUGUCUGGACCCGCUGAUAGUUAUGCUCGUGUGUGGUUUGACGGGGUCGUUUUAAUGGUGUGUGGUUUCUCUCUGCUCCUCUGUGGUCGCUCUAUAAUCAAAGGAAUAAUUCUUCAAAAUGAGUUUGUGAAGUACUUUAAGACCUCUCUGAAGCGUGAUGUUUGUUGGGGAGACAGAAUGGAGUUUAUUAACGGAUGGUAUAUUCUGCUCAUCAUUAGCGAUGUGCUAACUAUCACAGGCUCCUUCAUCAAGAUCGGCAUUGAGCUAAAGAACCUCUCAUCCUACGAUGAAUGUGGGAUCCUCUUGGGCACCUCAACGUUAUUGGUUUGGGUUGGAGUUAUUCGCUACCUCACCUUUUUUCAGAAGUACAAUAUUCUCAUCGUCACUUUACAAGCUGCAUUCCCUAAUGUGAUCCGUUUCUGUUGCUGUGUGGCGGUGAUCUACCUCGGUUAUUGCUUCUGUGGGUGGAUUGUGCUGGGUCCCUACCAUGUUAAGUUCCGCUCUCUCUCACUGGUGUCUGAGUGUCUUUUCUCUCUGAUCAAUGGAGAUGACAUGUUUGUGACCUUCAGCGGCAUGCAAGAGAGCAGCAUGCUUGUCUGGGUCUUCAGUCAGGUUUAUCUUUACACAUUCAUCUCUCUGUUCAUUUACAUGGUGCUCUCACUCUUUAUCGCUCUUAUCACUGGAGCUUACGAGACCAUCAAGCAUCAAACUCAGGAGUCUUUCCAUAUCACUGAUCUGCACGUGUUCAUCGCUGAGUGCACUGACACGCCCUGCUCUGGAAAGUUCCGCGGGUUCGAGACCUCGCCCUGCUCUGUCUUCUGCUGCUGUGACAGAACCACCACGUAUGAGGACGUGCACCUCAUCAACUAGAACAAUCUUGGGACUUGACGCCUGAAGAUCCCUCUGCUGGUCACCUUGCAGUAGUGCAACAGGAAGGAAGCCAGUGGCAAUGUGAGGAAAGCUCCAGACAAAAUUCCCAAGUCGUCACAGUCGCUUCACUUUGGACCUUAAGUGGAGAAGAGCAUAUAUGAUUUUAACAGAAGAAUUGCUCCAGUCUCUGAAAAUUUAAGUUUUACCUCAAACUGAUUUUAGUUGUAACUUUAUUCUGGAGGUUGAUAAAGGCAGCCCAGUACCGCCUCUUUGUCUGUACUGAUAAAUACACUAAGGAGGUUGAAUUUAAACUGUAUUAGACAGAUAACAAACUGCACACAUGCACGCGACAUGUACAAUAACCAUUCCCUGAAUGUUGAUCCCACAUGUUCGUUCAGUGCAUGUGCUGUGGUGUGCAAGUGGGUCAUCAGUGAUCAAUACUGGGAGACAUAGUGGUCAGAUUCUAUUGCUGUUCAUUCUGUUGGAUAGUUUUUAUGUCUUUGAGUAACUUCUAGUCAUGUGCAACGUCUGCACCAGAAGAAGACUGAACUGGCAGGCCUAAGAGUUCAGCAGAUGUAGAACACUGCUGCUGCCAAAAAAAAAAAAAAAAAACGACGUGAUUAAA